AUGCCCACCGAAACUAUCCCCGGAACAAACCGGCCAGCGGCCUUCAAACUGCCCGAUCCAGGUAGCUUGGGCUUGGACCAGGAGCCUCCUAUUGCGUCUGGCCGCCUUGUCUACAACACCGAUGAUGCUUCCACUCUCGAACGGUUCAAGAUCCGAGAACUGAGCGAAGGGUGGCCUAUGCACCGUGAUGCGUGUGAAUGGACUGAUCUGCGGGCGAUUUUUGAUCCCCGGGCGUUUCUCAACAUUUGCUGGCUUCAGCUGCAUCGCGACGAUGCUAUCAACAAGUGGACCAACGGUUGGAAGAACGGCGAGUACAUCACACAUCGGGUACUGGGCCACGCAGUGGAGAUCAAAGGCGAUCGUGCUAUCAACAAGAUGAAGGUCACCAUUUCAUGGAGGUUUUCUGACGAAGACGGGGUGGAGUGGGAUUGCGAUUGUGACGUUCGUUUCGUGCUUUUCUUGGGAAAGCAACCUCAAGGCUGGCAGAUCUUUUGCAACCAUCCCAUUUACGAAAAGGACAAAAUUGUGCCGGUCAAUCCGUCUCGUAUCCCAAAGAUCGAUCCUGAGGCUGUGGCAAAAGAGCCCAAGGGAUAUCGAUAUCUCGCGUAUAGCAUACGCCGCCUGGGAUAUCCUAUCAAGACAAAUCUACCCCAGCUCUAUGGCCGCGAACGGGACCUAGUGUAUCAAGAGAUGGUUGACUGGCUCGAUGGUAAGGAGAUUGAUUUCUCCGCAGAUGAGUUUUAG